AUCCCAUUUUCUGUUUCAUUAUUUCACACCUUGAUCCCACAAGGGAAGGAAUAGCAGGGACCAUGUCUACUGGUUCUCUUAGUGAUGUGGAAGAAUUCCAGGAGGUGGAAAUGUUGGACUGUGAUGGUAUCAAACUGGAUUCUAACAAGGAGUUUGGCAUAUCCAACGACAGCAAUGAGGAGAGCUCCACUUGUGAAAAUGGAUCCCCCAAAAAAGGUAGAGGGUCAUCAGGGAAGAGAAGGAAGACUGCUUCCAAGAAAAAUCAAUUAAGUGGUGUGAACCAGGAGGGCAAGCAGGUUCAGAGGAAUGCGGCAAAUGCCAGGGAGAGGGCAAGGAUGAGAGUGCUCAGCAAAGCCUUCUCUAGGCUCAAAACCACUUUACCCUGGGUACCUCCAGACACCAAGCUGUCCAAACUGGACACCCUUAGGCUGGCAUCUAGUUAUAUAGCUCAUCUAAGGCAAAUCCUAGCCAAUGACAAGUAUGAGAAUGGCUACAUCCAUCCUGUCAACCUGACAUGGCCUUUUAUGGUUGCUGGAAAACCUGAGAAUGAACUUAAAGAAGUGGUGAGCUCCAGCCGUUUGUGCGGUACAACAGCCUCAUGACCCUAGAGAGGCCUUCAAUUCUGGUGGUGGCAGAACAGCCCCAAAAGGAAGGAAUAAAUACAAACUGUAAAGACAAUGCAGUCUGUUUUCUAGAGGAGACCAAAUAUACAGCAACCUUCACUCUGACCAAAGACCCUUGCUAUAUUUAACGUUAUGGCAUUUGUACAUUUAUAGUCCUGCAGCCUUGCUGGUUCAAGAGCUCUCAAAACUCUAUAUACAAAUGUGUACAGUAUGUUGUUGGA